CCUCAAAAUACACUCUUUCUUCCUCUUUUGAUCUCUUUCGAAACCCUAAUCAAAACCCUCCACUGCUACCCCGACGAGGGUUCCUCGCCGGCCAUCAGAAUCCGAGAGCUCGUCACGUUAGGAGGAUGUCAGCGAAUCAAAAUCACUUGCCUUUCGAAGUCGGGCAAGAGGCUGAAUCAAAGAGCUUCAUGAAUGGCUAUCGCAGUGCUUGGUUCCGCUGUAAGAUAAAAGACAUACGUGGAAAGAAAGGAAAUAUUCAAUAUUUUUUAGAGUUCUUUGACUUCCCAGAUGAAAAAACUGUGAUGGAUGUUCUUCACAUAUAUUGCUUGUCCAGUUCCGCAGAUGAGAUAGGGAUAACAUGGACAAAAUUGUAUCAAAAGCCCCUACGAUAUUCUAAAUCACACGACGACAAUAAACUAGAGCUUAUGGUGCGCCCGACAUUCCCACCUUACUUUCGUGAAAGCGCACGUCCUGACUCAUAUCCAGCAGUUGAUGUCGUUGCUAUUGCUGAGGAUGACUGGGAAGUGGGGGAUUUGGUGGAUUGGUGGUCUGAUGGUUGUUUCUGGUCUGGCCGAGUUACCCAGAUAUUGGGAAAUGAUAGAGUUGAGAUAAAGUUGCCAGAUCCUCCAAUUGGUGAAGGAAAAGUUUAUGAAGCUUUUUGCAAGGACUUGCGGCCAUCCUUAAACUGGACUCCACAGCAUGGAUGGACAGUACCCAUAUCAAGGGAGUAUGGCAGUUCUCAGUAUUGCGCUCGUUUGGUUCAGCCACUUAAACAAGAUGAAGAAACUGAAGGAGAUGCUCUUGUGAGAAAUUCUACAGAAGGAAAUGAUAUAGCAGCACACUUGAAGUCAGAUGGCGUCGCUGAAGAAAAUUACUCUUGCAACCAUCCUUCUUCCUGCCUGAAAGAAAGAUGA